CCCGCCUAUGGUACAUGGAAGCCACCAAAUACCAAGAGCUUUCACUUGUCGCAAUUUUGCCUCUUCUUCAUGUAAACAAAGACGAUCGCUGCUGCUUAAUGUGUCUUCAGUUAACCGUAAGACUUCCUAGAACGUGGAAAGCAGUAGCACGAAUCCAACUGGUCUUUUUCCAUCGAAAAUCCCAACAAUUAAAAGAAAUAAUGAUGUGAAAAAUCGAAAUCCGUAUCGUGUUUUCAUGUUUUGAUCGUCGAAAAACGGAACUGAUGUCGACUCGACUGGAUCGUGGCAUUUUACUACUACAACGGUUCGUUUUUCUCGUGUUGAUUUUUUGUGUGAUAAAGGUGAAGACAGUGCCCAAUGAGAGACAAGCCCAGGAGCUGUUGCUGUUGGAUACUUUGGGGAAGCGGGGUAGCGUGUCGAUCAAAGAUGGGAAUCUUAUGGAAAUGUUGGGGAGAAUGAUACCACAGCAGUGUCGUUACAGAGGGGUAAAAUACGACUGCGGACUGAGCAUCAGUUGCGUUCUUGGUGGCGGAAGACCUUUGGAUUUGUGCUCCGGAGGAAUGAUUUGGGCCUGUUGCGUCGAUCGAGAAGUUUCCCAAACACCUUCGACUAGGCCGGAUGUAGGUGUAUUAAACAAUGCCAGUUGCGGGGAACUACAUACAAGGAGCAACAGGAUAGUCGGCGGCCAUGCCACAGGAUUCGGAUCGCAUCCAUGGCAAGUGGCUUUAAUUAAGACUGGAUUUUUAUCUAAGAAAUUAGCUUGCGGAGGAGCGCUGCUCAACGAACGAUGGAUAGUGACUGCAGCGCAUUGUGUUGCUACAACAGCCAAUGGCAACAUGCGAAUACGAUUGGGCGAAUGGGACGUUCGUGAUCAAGACGAAAAACUCGGAUACGAAGAGUAUACGGUGGAAAGAAAAGAAGUCCAUCCAUCUUACUCAGCGUCAGAUUUUAAAAACGACGUCGCCCUUGUAAAAUUAGAUAGAAACGUACGAUUCAAGCAGCACAUUCUGCCAGUUUGUUUGCCUUCGCCAACGAUAAAGUUGGUUGGAAGAAAAGCAACGGUGGCUGGUUGGGGACGUACCCGACACGGACAAGCUACAGUUCCAUCUACUUUACAAGAAGUCGAUGUAGAAGUGAUACCAAAUGAAAGAUGCCAAAGAUGGUUUAGAGCGGCGGGACGACGGGAAAUUAUCCACGACGUUUUUCUUUGCGCUGGAUACAAAGAGGGAGGCAGAGAUUCCUGUCAAGGAGAUUCCGGAGGGCCUUUAACUCUGACUAUAGAAGGACGAAAGACUUUGAUAGGUCUGGUUUCGUGGGGUAUUGGAUGCGGAAGAGAACAUCUACCGGGAGUGUAUACUAAUAUUCAAAAAUUCGUGCCUUGGAUGGACAAAGUUAUGAACGGUUAAUCGUA